AUGGUACCAAGAAUAUGCAUAUCCUUGCUUAAGGGCCUGAGCUACAGGCAGUUAGAUUUGGGUAUGUCAUUCAGGGGUAAAUUGAAAAAAAGGGGGCUAUUCCUAAAAUGUUUUAACCAAUAAACUAUAACUCGCUUGCCAGCCAGAUGAAAUGUUGAUUACUUUUCCUGACUAACUCCAUUUUUCGAUUGGAUGGGCCUGAUUAGGCUACUACAUUCAGACAUGGCGGAAGGAACGGUGGAGCAGGCAAUGGAGAGCAAGAAGAAGCAUAUUUUUAUCGAGAAAGGAUGAAAUGUACAACAGAAGAGGCAAGACUGAAAGUGAUUGAUGCGUUUAGAUACUACAGGAUGCAUGUUCAGGCACGGGUGAAUCGAGCAGAGCGUCAGUUCUGGAGUCUUCCGGAGCAUUACCAGCUGCUGCUGCUCAGGGUCCUGCCCAACCUGGCCCGUAUCCGGCGCAGUGUGGACCACAACCAGGAGGUGCUGCAUGCCAUCAUGCUCGACUGUGUCCACAUGUUUGAGAACAUGCAGUAUGGCGAAGAGUGUAAUGACCUGAGGAAGGUGCGUACGUCCUCCAUGUUCGACAUAGACAAGCUCAAAUCCACCAUUAAACAGUUUGUGCAUGACUGGAGUGAGGCGGGCCAGGCUGAGAGAAACUCCUGCUACCUGCCCUUCUUUAAAGAGAUCCAGAGACUCUUUCCAAGCAAUAAGUGUGAUGUGUCUAAGGUGAGCGUGCUGGUUCCGGGGGCAGGGCUUGGUCACUUGGCAUGGGAAAUCACUCGUCUGGGCUACGCCUGCCAAGGCAACGAAUGGAGCUUCUUCAUGUUCUUCUCCAACUUUGUCAUCUUGAGGUGUGAAAAGGUCAACUCCAUGACCCUGUACCCGUGGAUCCACCAGUUCAGCAACAACAAGAGGUCAUCUGGCGUCAACCCCCAGAGCCUGCCUCCAAACUCUGACUUCUCCAUGGUGGCCGGGGACUUCCAGGUCUUCACAGAGCCUAACACCUGGGACUGUGUGGCUACCUGCUUCUUCAUCGACACGGCACACGUCAUCGACUAUGUGGAGACCAUCUGGAACAUUCUCAAACCUGGAGGCGUGUGGCUCAAUCUUGGCCCGCUGCUGUACCACUUUGAGAACAUUGCCAACGAGCUCUCCAUUGAGCUCAGCUACGAGGACGUCAGGGUGGCCAUUUUAAAAUAUGGAUUCCAUUUGGAGGUGGAGAGAGAGUCUGUCCCCACCACCUACACUAAGAAUGAUCAGUCCAUGCUAAAGUACCUGUAUGAUUGUGUUUUCUUCGUGGCACGGAAACCUGACCAUCUGAAUGCCAACGAGCUCCAGGUGGUCCACGAGAACAGACUGGAAGCUUUGCCACGUGACAUUACAGCGUAACGACCGAUUGCCUGCCGUCGAGAGCAUUUUUUAAAAAAAGAGUAAGAUGACACACGACAAUGGAAAGGUUUGCUUUAAAUGUGCUUAUUUUCUAUAUCUCAUUGCCGGAACUCCCCGAUCACCUUACGUCCAAGCCUUUGAGAUUGAGACGGACACCUAUAAUGGACUGAAAUGACUAAAUCAUUCAGCCCUUGGACUGUUUGUCUUCAGUUAGAUGUAAGGUGACGUCUCCAUGCUGACCUGAUGUGGUUGCAUGCGUGUUAGACCCGCCUCUACAGCUUCCCAAUGCAUUUAUUUUGUAAAAUACAGUGUUACCAACUCUGGCUAUUUAAAGUAUUUUCUCACAGGGAAAAGUCAGUUGCUGAAGUGGCUGGAGUUGGUAAUACUGGGGGUCGGACAAAGUUGUUUUUUUCUAAUUAUAUGAUUGAAUUUCAGCAUUACAAACUGGAUCUAGCUACUGCCUCACGUACCAAUAAAGGAAAACACCAUUUAAGAAAAAAAUGUAAUUCACAUUUUAGUCUAAUUUUGAAUGGUAUUGUUCAUGACGCAAUUCAAAUUUAUUUGAUCAAGAAGAUCUAUUUAGAAUGAAUCUCCUAUAUUCCCUCUGUUUUCAGUUAUAGACAGAAAUAAUUUGAAGCAUUAUGACCAACUAUGAUCAAUGUAAUUAUUCUACAACAAUUCCCUUUUGUUAAUUACUGUCUGCAGACUGUAUACAGCCAGGUAGAUCUAGAAGUUACAGAAGAUAAACAUCAGUGGUGAACCUUUAUCAUAUCAAUAAAAUUAGUACACAGCACAUGAAAGGGAGAAUCAAUAGUCGUAUAUAAUUAACGGGAGAUCCAGUCAGUGCACACAUUGAAUUAUUCACUGACAAUGAUUGUCCUAAUUACCAUGUAUAUGAAGGACUGUCCUAAUCAAUUGAAUGCCCUAUUUGGCCAUCUCAAUAAUGCUUUCUCAAGCAACAGGGCCUCUAUCAGGUGGUGUGAAAGGAAGGCCUGGAAAAUCACCCACUUCAUUUGCUUACACACACACUCAUACUGACUACACAUACAAUCAUCAUAUAUGCUGCUGCUACUCUGUUUACCAUAUCCUGAUGCCUACUCACCUUGUCCCUAUAUAGACACCAACCCCUACCACUCCAGUAUCCCUGCACAUUGUAAAUAUGGUAUUGGCACUGACCCUGGAACUGAUACUCUGUAUAGCUUAUUUACUUUCAUGUUCAUAUUUCUAUUUGUGUGUUUUGGUUCUACUUGACUUUUUAAAAUAAAUAUAUUCCUAGCUCAAGCAAAAAAAAAUACAUUUCACUGUACUUGUGCACGUGACAAACUUGAAACGGUAGGUGGCCUAUAUUUUCUAGCUGGAAUCAUCUGGACGUCCUUACCCAAUUGAAAUGUAAAAUGUUUAGGGUAGGGUUAUUCAACUGUUAUAUGAGGUCCGACUGGAGGCAGCUGGUUUUCUGUUCUACCUGACAACUAAUUUCACCCACCUGGCAUCCAAUGUCUAAACCAGUCCCUGAUUAGAGGCGAACGAUACAGUGGAACUGGCUCAGAGGUCCAGAGUUGCGUUUGAGGGGAGUAGGACACAGACUGUAAAAAUAAGGUUUAAGAUAUGAACGUCCUAAUGAUAGCAGAUAGCACUAACCCUGUUGGUGCGGAGAAGAGCCUUGAUAGUGGUGGGCGGGAACAGAGGAUACAUCCUCACAUUGGUUUCCACAAGAUAAAAGACAGCCACAAAGUCAAAAUUGGCUGUAUCGUAACAUUUCAUGAAAACAAACGUGCUUUUAGGUGUUAAUAUGCAGUGUGGUUAAGGUUAGUUUUAAAAUCAGAUUUUAAAUGGUAGAAAUAGGCGGGGUUUAUGACUUUGUUAACUAGUGACAACCACUCUCAUUGGCCAGACCGCGUGUGUGUAAUUUACACAGUAAGUGGUGCGCGGCUCAGUCAAAACAUUGAUACUGGAAAGAUUCCAAGCAAAACUUACCUGGCACUCUGAAAUAUUUGGACAACUUGUACUCAUGACGAAAAGGCGAGCUGAAGACGUGUUGUUCCACGACACGCCUGUUAAAAGAUCAUGUUUUCGUCCACUUGACAAAUUUGAUACGCAGUUAGAAAGCAUGGCUGCAGCCGGGUGCGUGAGUCCGCCAUCUCUGCUCGCUUUGUUGGGGAGACGCUGCAAAAAGAGACCGUAUUAUUUCGAAGAUCAGGAGGAACAUCAAGAAACACUUAAACCGCGCAAGCUGUCAAAUAGUGAGCAUCGGGUCAGUGCACCACAGAGUGUGCUGGUAAAGAAUUCUGGAAGUUUCCUAGAGAGUGCAUCUGCGAAUUCUGGUUGCUCAACGCUGACCUCUAAGAAACGUGCACGAGAUAACACUGUCACAAGAUACGAUGCUCCAAGGAUUGUCACACACAAAGAUGAUGAUGGCAAUGACCUAUGCACUUUCAACUCAUUCCAGUACUGGAGGGUCCCUCUACCUGAGCUGGACAUUUCACUCCUUCAGAAUGGAAACCUCUCUGGAUCAAAUGGAGAACCCCCUGCCAAAGAACUAUCCUGUGAAGCCAUGGAGUCAUAAAUUUUAAUUCAUGAAGGUCUGCCCACCAUGGAACUCUUAUAUGAGAAGUGGCCACCAGUGGAGGCUGGUGGGAGAAGCUAUAGGAGGACUGGCUUUUUGUAAUGGCUUGAAUAGAAUUAAUGGAACAGAGUCAAAUGUGGUUUACAUGUGUCUGAUUCCAUUCCAGCCAUUACAAGGAGCCUGUCCUCCUAUAGUUCCUCCAACCAGACACACUGCCCAUCAGAGCCAUAGGUUUAGAUCUAUAUUGUGUAGACCGUGUGGUACGUAGACACCUGGCCAGAUUUCAAAAUAUAUACUGAAUAUUACAUUUUAACCUUAAACGUUAUAAAAUUAAUAUUAUAAACAACAUAUUAAAUUGCUUUUGGCCAAAGGAUCUGUGGAAAAAGUUUAAAGUGUGUAAUACAGUGUGAUAUUAUUAAUCUACAAUUGAUGUUCUUAACCCUGGGCAACAUGGGCCUGGGAGGCUCACAGGGAUAUUGGUAUCCACAGUACUCCACAAAUGAUCAAUUUGUCAACUCCAUACUAUUCCCCAAAAUGUUUGUUUUGACAUGAAUGCACUGUAAUUUAAGCUUUAAAGCUGCAACAACAAAACAUCUCUGCCCCAUGACACAAUUUGUAGAUUUGCAGGAAAUUAGCUUUAAAACUGCAACAUUUUCGCUCUUUCACCUGGCCUGAGACACUAACUCUGAAAUCUGGCUUCAUGGUUGUUGUACCUGCUUUGAACACAAGGAUAAAGCUACAUGUACAGUGCAUUCGGAAAGUAUUCAGACCCCUUGGCUUUUCCCACAUUUUGUUACGUUACAGCCUUAUUCUAAAAUGGAUGAAAUAAUUCCCCCCCUUUCGAUCUACACACAAUACCCAUAAUAAGGAAGCAAAAACAGUUUUUUAGCAUAUUUCUGAAAAAUAAACUGAUCACAUUUACAUAAGUA